AUGUCGGACGAGGAACACCACUUCGAAUCCAAGGCCGAUGCCGGAGCCUCCAAGACCUAUCCCCAGCAAGCCGGCACCAUUCGUAAAAACGGCUACAUCGUCAUCAAGGGUCGUCCCUGCAAGGUGGUUGAAGUUUCUACUUCCAAGACUGGUAAGCACGGUCAUGCUAAGUGUCACUUUGUUGGGAUUGAUAUUUUCACUGCCAAGAAGCUUGAAGAUAUUGUGCCCUCUUCCCACAACUGUGAUGUUCCCCAUGUGAAUCGUACUGAUUACCAGUUGAUUGAUAUUUCUGAGGAUGGAUUUGUUAGCUUGCUUACUGAAAAUGGGAACACCAAGGAUGACCUGAGGCUUCCUACCGAUGACAGUCUGCUUACUCAGAUAAAGGAUGGAUUUGCUGAGGGUAAGGACCUUGUUGUUUCAGUUAUGUCUGCAAUGGGUGAGGAGCAGAUCAAUGCCCUGAAGGAUAUUGGCCCAAAGAACUAG